UUGUCAUAGCAACCAGUGAGGGCACGGAGAAAGUUUGACUUGGUCUCCGAGAGCAUUCAAAGUAUUGGUUAUUGGUUAUCGCAAUGGCGUGUAGUCUCCCUCUCGAUUACUCAUCGAAGAAUGAACGUGUCAAGCAAAUUAAUAAUAAUACCAAACAAUGAGGGGAAUUCAGCGGGGUUUCAACUAUUAUCAGUUUGAACUUCCCGUCGGGAACAAAGCGAGUCGAGCAACGCCAUCUAAAAGAGCAACAUCCAGUCUCACCUCAUUGAGGUCAAACUCAAGACUAAAGUUCUGUUCAAGCUCUACAUCAUUUGCUGGCAGAAGUGGGCGGAGCACACCCUGUACGCCGCAGAGCAGAGAGAGCCAUGCCUGUGUAGCUGUUGAUAACAAAGUACACCAGAAGGACUCGCAGCACAUCUUGGUAGGGUCUGCGCUAAGGAGGCCUCAUGCAACUGGCUACUCCCCGCUAGACUACCAGGUUAUGCCUGAUGUUGGCAAAAUCCCUCAACAGCCUUUUAAAUCCCAGUCACCCUGCACUGUCUACUCCUAUGCUAACCGUCCCAUGUCGGCAUGCACAAUGCCUGUCAAUCAUGGCAAGCAUACCAAGUCUAGCCUGCUGAGGGCUAAGUCUGCGUCAUGUGCUUCACUGUUAAGGGUGCCACCUGAGGAGAGCCGGCCAAGUAGUGCCAACAAAAGACUCUGUAAAGUCCGUGAUGACUACCGACAUUUCAAGUCUGGUACUCCAAAUAAACAGGUACCACCCCAUGGGGAAUCCUUACACAGUUUUCUCACAGGAGCAAGAUACAACAGCACAAGAUAUCUGGACUCCAGAACACUCUCCAAGCUGGGGGUGUAUAUUCCCAAGGCGGACCUGAAUGCUUUCUUCGUGCAAGAUAAACAAGCAGGAAAGACAAUACAAGAUUCUGAAGAUGAAACAGAUUCGGAAGUCGGACAAGAAGAUAUUCGAUCCCUGUCAAGCUCUAGCUCUGAAGAACUAGAAAUCAGUGAUGAUGAACAAAACAAAGAGACUGAUAGAAAAAACAAGGCUGUUAACACAGAAGCUCACUAUUUGAGCAUUGAACGGUGGCAUUCGGCCCAGUGGAAAACUGCUCGCAAGCCAACCACUCAGCAUGCACCAAGAGCCCAUACUGCGCCUUGUCGAAUUAAAAGGAUACAGACCUUUUACCAUGAUUAUGACACAGGGAAGAAAUACAAUUCUUAAAUAAUAGCUCAAUUUAUUAAAUGAAUGUACUUUAUAUUUUAUUGAUGUUUAUAUGGAAUGCAUGUUUUUUUUGUAUUGUGUGAUUUAAAUUACAAGAAAAAUGAUAGAUA